AUGAUGAAUAAUCUCAAUCGAUUGAAAGUCCUUAAAACUAUUGUGGGAAGAGAAGUUUCUGAAGGUGCAGGAAUUAAAGUUUGUAGAACCAUUGGAGGACAAUCUGUUUCCUAUCAUGAUCCAUUUCUAUUACUCGAUGAAGCUAAAAUACCAAAUCCUAAAAAUGGAUUUCCAGAACAUCCACAUAAGGGAUUUGAAGCUAUUUCUUAUAUUUUGAAUGGCAAUUCCAAACAUAAAGAUAGUUUAGGUAAAAGUGGGUUUCUUUCUUCAGGUGAUGCUUUAUGGAUGACUGCUGGUCGAGGUAUAAGACAUGAAGAAACUCCUAUUGGAAAUGGUCCUUUACAUGCAUUCCAAAUAUGGGUUAAUUUAAGUGCUAAAGAUAAAUUAAUUGAACCAUACAGCCAAGUUUUAAAAUCAAGUGAAAAUCCAAAAAAGCAAAUUUCUGAACAUGUUCACUUGACACUUUUAGCUGGUAAAAGUAUUUCACAUGAUUUAACUAGUUCUGUACUUUUAAAAACUCCAGUUUUAGUUAGUCAUGUCAAAAUCAGCAAGAAGAAUGAAAAACUCACAGAAACAAUUCCAAAAGGAUUUCAAGGUUUAGUUUAUUUAUUUGCAGGUGAUGCAACAAUUGAAAAUCAACAAUUUGUUGAAAAAUCUGCAAUUUUAUUUGAAGAAACAAGUGAAGAUUCUCUAUUAGAAAUUGAUUCAACCUCAGAUCAAGUUCAAUUCUUAAUUUUAUCAGGAAAACCAAUUAAGGAGCCAAUUGCAAGACAUGGACCAUUCGUUAUGAAUACAAAAGAGGAAAUUAUGCAAGCUUUUCAGGAUUAUCAUUCUGGAUUGUUUUAA